AUGGCUACCUUCCAAGGGUUUCAAGCUUUGUUAUCUGUGUUCAUUUUAUAUUCCCGGGUUGUAGUGAGUUCGACUAAUCCGAGUUUGUGCACUCGAGGCAGUUAUUCCUGCGAUUCUGGCUACGUAUGUUGCAAUAACAAAUGUGUUCUGGGAUUAGACUGCUAUGAUCAAUAUUGCACCUUGAACUCCCAUUGUUCAAUCGGUGAAAGCUGUUGUAAUAGUCAGUGCAAGGAUGGAAAUGACUGUAUUGGACAGUCUUGUUCUGUAAACUCUGACUGUGCCGGUGGAUCAUUCGAGUACUGUUGUGACGGAACAUGUUCAUAUGAUUCAUGUUACGAUGCCACUGCCGUAAUACUUGGUUCUAUUUUCGGUACGAUUUUCAUCUUUGGCGUUUUCUCGGUAUGCAUUUACUACGCUUGCAGAAGGCGUCGAGUUCACCAUGGAAGAGUGAUUGUUGGACAGAGAGUUACAACAGCGACCGUGAGGACAACAACAACUACAGCGCAGCCUUACCCACCCUAUGUGGGGCAGAUACCUCCACCCUACCAACAAGGCUACCAAUACUACCCCCCACCUCAGUAUGAACAACAUCAGACGGCCAUUCCUCCACCAUAUAACCCUGGGACAACUGCAACAAAUGAUCAACCUCCCCCUUAUAGUGCAGCAACACAGGGUAGAUCAGGAGGGGUUUACACUCCUAAACCAUCAUAUGGGGCAGUGCAAACAGCGUCAGCUCCGCCGCCUGUCUAG